GUGGUUUAGGUUUGGAAGUAAGAGAAAAUAGUAAAGGUUUAGUAAAAAGUAAUGGUAGUGUAAAUUCAGAUUUGGAACUAGCGGAAAGUAGAUCUAGUGUGGCAUCAGAUUUUGGUAAUGAUUUGUUCGAUCUAAUGUGGCAAUUAACUUUAACCUGUCUUUAUUUAAAAUUAGAUGACAUUACUGAGUUGUAUAUUGGCUUACAAUUUGAUUCUUGGGAAGCUGCUGAAUAUUACAUAAAGGAGUAUGGAAGAAAAAAGGGGUUUGCAGUUAAAAAAUAUCAUGUUCAAUUCUCAGCUGACCAAUUA